CCGCCCCCAAUUUAGCCCAGGCGUCAGCGAUGGAGGCCUUGGGAGGCCGCGGUCCGGGCAGCAGGGCUGGGCACGGCGCCCCGGCCGCGUUAUGAGAUGGGGAGACUGAGGCACAGAAGUGAAAUGAAUUGCCAAGGGACACAGAGACAUAGCAGUGAGACAAAAGAAUCUGGACCAGAGAGAGAUCCGUUCAACGCCAUGCAAUCAAAUUGCAGUCAUCUCCACAAUGCCCCAGGAAGUGGUGAUGUUCCCUCAUCCACUCAGAGUGCCCAUACAGCAGGGCUGCCAGGAGAAGGCUCUUGCCACCAUAGUGGAGAUGUUCACGUCCAGCUAAGCUCUGCCUUGGGAGAAGCUGGGGAAAACCCCAGUUUCAGGCACAUACGGUCAGGUUCCCAGGGCCGUUCACAUGGCCACUCCCACAAUGAAGCGAGGGGGCCCGAAGAUUCCACCUUAGAUUCAGAGGAACACAGUGGCAGCUCCAUCUCUGAGCUCAGAUAUCUCUUCCAGUGGCUGCACAAAAGUCUUCCAUACAUCUUGAUUCUGUGUAUCAAACUGACCAUGCAGCAUAUAAUCGGCAUUUCUCUUGGAAUUGGGCUGCUAACAACUUUUAUGUAUGCAAACAAAAGCAUUGUAAAUCAGGUUUUUCUAAGAGAAAGGUGCUCCAAGUUGCAAUGUGCUUGGGUACUGAUAUUCCUAACCGGGUCAUCUCUCCUCUUGUAUUAUACCUUUCACUCUCAGUCACUUUAUUACAGCUUAAUCUUUUUAAAACCUACUGUGGAUUUUCUGAACUUCUGGGAGGUACUUUGGAUCGUGGGAAUCACAGACUUUAUUCUGAAAUUCCUCUUCAUGGGCUUCAAAUGCUUUAUUCUCUUGGUGCCUUCUUUUAUGAUGUCUUUUAAAUCCAAGGGCUACUGGUAUAUGCUGUUAGAAGAAUUCUGCCAGUAUUACCGUACGUUUGUCCCCAUACCAAUUUGGUUUCGUUACCUUAUUGGCUAUAGGGAGCUGGACAAUGUACUGGGGUGGAGUCUUGGAGUAUUGCUGGGUCUGCUCUACUUCAUCCUAAAACUUUUGAGCCUUUUUGGACGUCUGAGAAACUUUAGACAGGUUUUGCGGAUAUUUUGUACACGACCAUUUCUUGCACUGUAAAAUUUAAUUUCUCAGCUUCAUGAUCAUGGGCCGACCUGAAGUCACUUUAAAAGUGAUCAGUUUUUUAUUGUGUAAGCAGCAUCUUGAGGUAAACUAUUUGAAUACCAUGUAAAUAAAGUAUGAUGUAAAGAAUAUAUUUUAAAACUGGGCGAAAUAUUUGUUUGACUCACAUCUGCAAGAGCAAAGUAGCAAACCUUUACCCAUUAGCAACUAACUGAAAUAUACAAGAGUAAGACCCAGAUCUUGGCAAAAUAACUGAAGAAUAAAUAGAUAUUCCAUUCAGAAUAAAAAAUUAUUCUUUUUCUAGAAUAGUGGGUGGUUGAUAAAAUGUAUUGUAAUUUAAUCUAGAGCCUGCUGUGCAUGUACCAGAAUAUAUAGGAGUAUUUUUGACAUUUAAUUAGAUUAAUACUAAAAUAUCUUACGCUGUCUGCGUAAGCAAUACUUUCUUAACAGUAAGUGAUGUGUUUUCAUUCUGGUCAAUGUGUAACAGCCCAUGACAGAACUCUGCUGCAGGAAGGCCACCAUUGUAGCAAAUUACCUCUAAAGUCCCACAUAGUGUGCUCAGUAGAUUAGACCCAAAUGCCACCUUGCCCUGGAGCAUGUAUGUGUCAAUGUAGCACCCUAAGGAUUGAAACACUUAACAUCCUGUUGCCCCAGGGAUUUAAUUGUUUCCCCUCUAACCACAUCCUUUCAGUCUUCCUGAUCUUUUUCUGGAUCGUAACAUCUGCUACAAAAUCUCUUUUUUAACAGCACUAUGGAGUGACAGCUAGCAAGAGACAGUGUUCUGAAGCAGAUGAUAUUUGUUCAAUAUGCCAAGCUGAAUUUCAAAAGCCUAUUCUUCU